AUGGCCCACCCGGGGACAUCCAGCUCCCAAGCGCCUCCGGUAACCUCCAACUCGCCAUUGGCCGGCUUGGCCCUCCUAGCAGCAGUGGCUGGUCCCCACGUGGGAGAUGCAGCUGACGUCGAAGACCCCGACGCGGAAGAUCCUGCUGGCCGUCCGCCCCCAUGUCAAGUGUGCGCGCAGAUCGCCACUGCUCCGACCGUCCGCUUGGAUCGGCCUCGUCUCGACCAGACACUGAUCCACAACUCUCUCCAAAUGAUCCAGGCCUCGCUCCGUCAAGUAGAGGAGGCGUUCGCACAAAGUGGUACCGACGACCAGUUGCAGGACGAGGACGUGGAGCUGCAGCGUGACCACACUGCUGCCCUCCGGCACUCAAGCGAUUUACACCAUCAGAUCGACACCUCGACAUCUGCCGCUCGAUCUCUCAUUCAACAUUGCCAGACACGUCACGACUGGCUGCUUGACCAGCUCCAGUUGACCAACUCGCUGCUGGUGUCGCGUAAUCUCGACGUGGAGGCUUUGGAAGAGAGAGUAGCGGCCGCGGACCAGGUUCAAGAGGAGAUGGAUCGACUGCGGACGACUUCCGACGCCACUGCUCGGCAGAUUCGCCAUCAAGUUGCCACUCUAGAGGCCCAGAUCGCCGCUGUGACGAACCAUCCCGACGUUGGCCCCGUUCCGCCUCCUGCGCUGGCACGCCGUCUCCAAACCCAGGAUCAUGAGCCACUGCGACUGCGCCGGGCCUUCGAGGCCGCGCAACAGCGCUGCGACGCACUGGAGCAGUCGGAGGGCGCCUUGGAAGAAGCAUUUACCCAACUGCGCGGCCAGAUCGACUGUCAAGGUUGCCGGAUUACGCGCCUCCGUGAGGAUCUGCAAAAGAACCUUCAAGAUACACAACGUCGGUGUACCCGAGCCGAGGAGCUGCGUCCGAUGGAGACAGAGCGUCAUCUCAAGCGAAGGUCCGAGCUCCACGAUCUGCAUACCCAUGUGGAUUCCAUGCGAUCCAUCACGGCCCAGUUGGAGCAGCAAGUCGCACAUUGGCGGAAUACCAGCCAGAUCGCCGCUCAACUUCUUCACGACCAUCAGCGUGAGAUCGAAGAGCUUCGUCAGGCACAAGCGGUGGCCACUCAGAGCGAUCAGAUCCUCCACUACAGGGACGGUUACACGCGAUUCUCGAACAUAGCGGAGGCCAUGGGCCAAGAUGCGUGGAUCUCGCGCCGCGCCUCCAACGGCGAGUACUUCCUCAACUUCCGGACGAGCUCGGAAGGCACAACGCACGUCGUCGCCCCCACGUCGGGGUGCGCCUUCACGCUCCCGAUCGCCGCCGCGCAAGCGUCCCGCCAGUUCCAGAUCGACCCGUCGAGCUGA